AAAUGAUAAUAGCGUUACUAGAAGCUGAUCACUGCUCGGCCUAUGAGUGGCCAACAGCACUCCGGAUUCUCUGUCCUCAGGGCUGAGGGUUCCCCUCUGUGAUUGAAGCAUAUAUUGUGUGGCUUCCCCAGUGUCAGUGUUGUGAAAGCCAAACACCAUGUCGGUGUGAGCCUGGUUCCCAGCCAGCAGGGGCAGCUGUAAAUUACGAAUGUCGAGAGGAGGUGGAGAGGCUCGGUUUUUUUUCACAUUGUCUUUCUCUUUGAUGUCAGUCUGAGGUGAGCAAGCGAAGAGGAGACAGGCUGUAGGGUGUGUGUCUAUUUUUGUUUACUGAAGUGCUGCAAAAAUGAGUACAUUCGAACUUGCAGCAGCCAUGGACUAUUUGGAAAGCACCAACUCGAGUGACUUCAACCUGAACUGUACUAAUGGGGAUUGCAUCAUCCUUGAGUCCUUGUCCUGCCCUGGCACCGUGAACAAGAGCGCUCUUCUCUAUACCCUCGCCAUCGUCUACAUCUUCAUCUUUGUAAUGGGACUAUUGGCCAAUUCAGUAGUUAUCUGGCUCAACCUCCAGGCCAAAUCCACCGGUUAUGAGACUCACUUAUACAUUUUCAAUUUAGCCGUGGCAGAUCUGUGUGUCCUCCUCACUCUGCCUGUCUGGGUUGUGUCCUUGGUCCAGCAUAAACAGUGGCCAAUGGGAGAGAUGACGUGCAAAAUAACUCAUCUGAUUUUCUCCAUCAAUCUAUACAGCAGCAUCUUCUUCCUCAUGUGCAUGAGCGUCGAUCGUUAUUUAUCUGUGUCCCUACGGGGAACAGCUGGACAGUAUCGAAGAAAGAUCAUAAGAAGGCUGGUCUGUGCCCUUGUCUGGCUCGUGGCAUUUGCUGUAUCCCUUCCAGAUACAUACUACUUAAAAACAGUAUCCUCCCCAAUCACCAAUGAAACCUACUGCCGUGCCAUGUACCCCGAAGAUACCUUCAAUGAAUGGCUUUUGGGAAUGGAGCUUCUUUCUAUUAUGGUAGGGUUCAUUAUUCCAUUCCCAGUCAUUGCAGUUUUCUAUUGCCUACUGGCUUGGACUUUGUCAUCUUCAUCAUCUGCUAGUGACCAAGAGCGCCGAAUCAGUGGACGGGUAAUAGUCUCUUACGUGGUUGUGUUUAUAGUAUGCUGGCUGCCGUACCAUAUGACAGUUAUGUUGGAUGUUCUGACUUUUCUGCAGCUGAUUCCAUUCAGCUGCCAAUUAGAUAAUUUCCUUUAUGCUGCCCUUCACAUCACACAGUGUUACUCCCUCCUCCAUUGCUGCAUCAAUCCAAUCCUUUAUAGCUUUAUCCACCGGAACUACCGCUAUGAGAUCAUGAAGGCCUUCAUCUUCCGCUACUCCUCAAAGACAGGACUUACAAAGCUCAUUGACUCUUCCAAGGUUUCUGAAGCAGAAUAUUCAGCUGUUGAACAAAAUCCAAAGUGAAGUGCUACAUUCAAACUGUAUGCCUUCACCCCAGUUUUUAUGGACUGGGCUAUAUGACACUAAAGUGGGUCAAUCUUAUUCCUGCCAGUGCUGGUAGCUGAGAGAAGAGUUCUUUGACCCAGGAGUAAGGCUUCACGCCUAAGUCACCAAGAGACCUUAAGCAAUACAUGAAUGAUUUGUAUCAAGGACUUUUUGUUACUAUUUUAAAACAUUUGUCACUAUAAUGUACUCCUAAAUUGGGACCAACAUUGUUAUGUUAUUGAGCACUGACACUAGAUCUUAUCUCACUCACUUUUGUAUUUAAAAAAAAUCACUGCAUGUUUCUUGUUUUAGCCAUAAAAUGGUGUAAUUUAGCACAGUCUGUCUCCCUCUCAGUGUCUAUACCGCACAAUACUGUAAGCGGAGACCUCCUAGCACAAACGCUUAGAUCCAGUGACCUCCCAAGUAAUGAGGUCACAUAACCCCACAGGGUAUGCCCAUCUUGUAGAUAUUGUCAGCCACUACCUUUGUAUGAUAUGUAAUAUAAAACCUUCUCCAAAGCCCAUAUAUAUUUUUCUAUAGCUUAUUGUAUUUAAAAGCCACUUUUUUAAACUGGCGUUACUUUGUAUUUGAAAUUCAAAUAGUCAUUUUAUAUAUCUGUAUAUGUAAUAUCUAUAUAUAUAUAUUUUUGAAGUGGUAAUGAUAUGCGAGAAGAAUUGGAAUUGCUACUUUGUUUAUAUGUUCCUUUGAUUAUUUGUGAAUAUCCAAAAGCUCUUUAAACAUUAAAGUUUUGUACAAACUUUCA